CAUAGCGCCAUACACUCAAAUCCCUGCCCAGUUACUCAGUUGUCAGCUGCGAACCUGCAAAGUCGAAAAGCACCCUCUCUCUCUUAUCCCCUCUCGUCGCAGCAUCACACAACGCCUUUCAGAUGGGAGCAUCGCACUGAUCUACAGCGCGACACAGCCUCUUGCGGAAUCCUACAGUGCAGCGAUUUUCAAGGCAUAAGUGCGUCCGCGUUUGGGAUGGGAGGUGUUGCGAUCCCGCCGGGUCUGAGUCCACUCGGAGCGGCAUAGUGGCUGGAGAGGGACUCGCUGAUCGGAAGUGUUGUUGGGAUCCUGCUGCUAUUUCCUUUCGCGCUGGAUUCUCAUGCUUUUGACUAACACGUCGCUGCGGAGGAUUUAGAACGGCCCAAUUCAUAAAGAAGCAUCACAGCCCUGUGGAUUAGGAUACCAAAAGGUGUUUCUUUUUACGCAUCUCGUUGUAAUUUGGAAGUAAAGGAGUUGGGAUUCAUCGGGACGUGCCUGUUACCGCAGUGUCAAUGCGACUGCGGCUGUGAACUGAUAUCCGCAGCGAUUACAGGUAUAGAAUGACCUCAAUCCCAAAAGAGGCCUGAUCACGGAUUGGCUGAGAGUACUGGACCGAGCCCCUACUAGACUUCCCUGACACCGCGGACCAUGGAGUCCCACCACACCAGGACAUGGACUUCCUGUCUUACCCUAUGCUGCUUCCUGUUGGCCUUGGCCAUCGCUCUCUCGUUGGCUUCCAGGCCCCUCCCCCAUGCCCCCGACGGCGUCACUAUCAUCACCGCCUCCAUCGACGCAGCCAAGGAGGAGGACUAUAGCACGUUCAGCACCGAGAACCCAGAGUGGAAGUUCAACCACGUGGCCGUGGACGAACGCAACGGCAACGUUUACCUGGGAGCGGUCAACCGCAUCUACAAACUGUCCCCCGACCUAAACGUACAGGUGUAUCACGAGACUGGCCCCGACGAGGACAACCGCAAGUGCUACCCUCCACGCAUUGUGCAGCCCUGCAGCGAGCCGCUGUCCCUCACCAACAACGUCAACAAGAUGCUGCUGAUGGACUACCGGGAGAACCGCCUAUUAGCCUGUGGUAGUCUCUAUCAGGGCAUCUGUAAACUCCUCCGUCUGGACGACCUGUUCAAGCUGGGAGAGCCCUUCCACAAGAAGGAGCACUAUCUGUCCGGGGUCAACGAGAGCGGUUCGGUGUUCGGCGUCAUCGUGUCGUACGGGGACUCAUCGCCCGACAAGCUGUUUGUGGCCACGGCAGUGGACGGCAAGCCCGAGUAUUUCCCUACCAUCUCCAGCCGCAAGCUGGCACGCAACUCGGAGGAGGACGGCAUGUUCGCCUACGUCUUCCACGACGAGUUCGUGGCAUCCAUGAUCAAGAUCCCGUCAGACACGUUCACCAUUGUGCCUGACUUCGACAUCUACUACGUCUACGGAUUUGGCUCGGGUAACUUCGUCUACUUCCUCACGCUGCAGCCGGAGAUGGGGAACGGGCCGGCCACCGGCUCCUCCUCCACGGGGCGAGAACAGGUGUACACUUCUAAAAUAGUCCGGCUGUGUAAAGACGACACAGCCUUUAACUCGUAUGUGGAGGUACCCCUGGGCUGUGUGAAGGGCGGCGUGGAGUACCGGCUCCUACAGGCGGCCUACCUCUCCAAGGCGGGUGCCAUAUUGGGCCGCUCGCUAGGUGUGGGGCCCGACGAUGACGUCCUAUUCACCAUCUUCUCUAAGGGCCAGAAGCGGCGGCCACGCGAGGCUUCGCAGGAGUCAGCGCUGUGCGUGUUCGCCCUGCGCGAGAUCAACGAGCGCAUCAAGGAACGACUGCAGUCGUGCUACAAGGGCGAGGGCACGCUGGACCUGGCCUGGCUCAAGGUCAAGGACAUCCGCUGCAGCAGCGCUCUCUUAACCAUCGACGACAACUUCUGUGGCCUGGAUAUGAACGCUCCGCUGGGGGUGUCAGAGAUGGUUCAGGGCAUCCCUCUCUUCUCUGACUCCACCGACAAGAUGACCUCGGUCAUCGCCUAUGUCUACAAGAACCACUCUCUGGCCUUCGUGGGCACCAAGAGCGGGCGCAUCAAGAAGAUCAGGGUGGACGGGCCUUCCCACGGUGCAUUGCAGUACGAGGUGAUCCAGGCGGUGGAGCGAGGGCCAAUCCAACGGGACAUGGCCUUCUCCCCCGACCACCACUUCCUAUAUGCCAUGUCAGAGACACAGUGGGGCUGGAUCCCUGUGUGA